AUAUGAUAAUAGUAUAGUCCAGCACUUUAAACUAUCCCAUCAACCCUUGCGCAAAACCAACGAAGAUGGCGGACAAUUCAAAUCAAAAAUGGACUUUUCAGCUGACACAUUCAGCCUGAUUCUACUGAUUCACACAGCUGGCUGAUCUACCAGAAGUCGGAAUAUACAAGUUACAAUGAAGAAACUGUCCCAGACAUGGCGGCAACAGAAACAUGUGGAUGGAAGGGACAGAAGUACAGAGAGAAAGAGCCAUCAUUUGGGUACAAAGAUGCAACAUGAGAGUGCUGCACAAGCUGGAGCUGCUAGGAGGCGCUACAUGGGGAACCAUCCUAUCAAGGUGCAAAAUGUUGGAGUUGGUGGAAGGAAUGUGAGGAAGAAGCUGAGCCCUGGUAGCCAUGGUGACUCCUGCAGGCGGUCCUCCCGACUACAGGACAGGUUCUCACCUCCUAAAGUCUCCCAGGGAGAGGAUGGGGAACACACCAGGGUUAUGCAACCUGUGGAAAGAGAUGGUUGCAGCACAGUUCUCAUCAAGGGCAGCAAAAUGUCAUCUACAGCACAGCAUGUACACAACACCUCCUUCAACUCAUCCUUCGACUUUGAUGCUGACAUGCUGUGUGCCAUGGACAAGAUGGAAGAAAACUACCUGCAUCUCGCUGGUGGAGACAAGAUACAACAACUCAAUACUGUCAGUGAUUGUACAGAUGGUGCAUCAGCCUUAAACAGCAUUCAUAAUGCAGCAGAUAUCAAGAGAAAGGAUUCACACUUGAAAGGGAAAUCAAGCCCUAAUGAACGGUGUGGUGCUAAUGGUAAAACUUUGUAUAUAGGAAAGGAAAACAGAGAAACAAGAGAAACUGAUGAAUUGAAAUGUAAUGAUGUGCAAGAUAACAAAAGGAGUGCUGCCACUGUAAAUAGAAAAGUCAUUAUGGGCAAUAGCACUAAUGUCAAUGAUUGUAAAUCAAAUGUUAAGAAGGUGAGUAAAUCUUCAGAGAAUGGUGAACAGAUAAACAAGUUGCCCAGUAAUUUUGUAUCAAAUAGUAAUUCUCCAUGUAAACAUUUGCAUAAUGCUGCUAACGUUGGCUUUACUAAGUGCAAUAGUAAUUCAGACCACACACCAGAACAGCUGCUGGAUUCAUGUAGUACAGGAAGUAGGAAGUUUGCUGGAAGUUCCUUGUUGGGACCCUCUAGUGGACAGUGUUCACAUCAGAAUAGCCCAACACUCCAAGCAGUGCUGUGUGCAGACUCAGACACAGACAGUCCUGAUGGCAGGGUGUCUGUAAAGUCCAGGACUGAAGCUGCAAAACCUGACACAUUGAUGAAGAAAGUCAACAGGACACCUGCCAGAGGGAACACUAACAAAAGUUUUCUCACAUCCCCAACAUCUACUGCUGUGUCUCCUGGUGCUGGAUCCCAGAACCCUUUGCUGCUAUCCUCCUGGGGACUGCCAGAAUCUGUGUUCCAGUGUUACCAUGACAACAGGAUCACCCAGCUGUUUGAGUGGCAGGCAGAAUGCCUGAGGACUGGUGAUGUACUGGCUGGGAAAAACCUGGUGUAUUCAGCCCCCACCAGUGCAGGUAAGACGAUGGUAGCUGAGCUGCUGAUGCUGAAGAGGGUACUGGAAACCCACAAGAAGGGCAUCUUCAUCCUGCCGUUUGUCUCCGUAGCUCGGGAGAAGAUGCUUUAUCUCAAGACCCUGUUGUUUGAGGCUGGUGUGAAGGUGGAUGGGUACAUGGGUGGGCAGUCCCCAGCAGGAGGCUUCAGCUCUGUGGACGUGGCUGUCUGCACCAUCGAGAAGGCCAACAGUCUGGUCAACAGGCUCAUCGAAGAUGGCAAAAUAGACCAGCUGGGUAUAGUGGUCGUUGAUGAGUUACACAUGGUGGGAGACUCACACCGUGGAUAUCUGUUAGAGCUGCUCCUCACUAAGAUCAGAUAUGUCACCAGCAAAACCGGUACUGACAACAAGGAGACCAACCCUGUGCAGAUCGUUGGCAUGAGUGCCACGCUGCCUAACUUGGACCUGUUGGCACGGUGGCUGGAUGCUGAACUGUACCAGACUGACUUUCGGCCUGUCCCAUUGACAGAGUGUGUGAAAGUGGGGUCUACAAUGUACAACAAUGAGAUGAAGAAAGUUAGAGAUUUUCACAGUGUAAUCAAUGUCAGGGGAGAUGAAGACCAGGUGGUUGGCCUGUGUUAUGAGACAGUGUCUGAGGGACACUCUGUGCUGGUGUUCUGUCCUACCAAGAACUGGUGUGAGAAACUGGCAGAAACCAUCGCAAGGGAGUUCUAUAACAUCAACAGGGUACCUCCAGAAGAGAAACGAACUGAAGGUUUUACGAAGCUGUCGGAGCUGCCGUACGUGCAGCUGAACAGGCAGGUGCUGCAGGAUGUGGUGGAACAGCUGCGGCGCACACCUGUUGGACUAGACCACAUGCUAGGGAGGGUGGUGCCAUAUGGGGUGGCUUAUCAUCAUGCAGGUUUGUCGUUUGAUGAGAGGGACAUCAUCGAAGGCGCUUUCCGCCAGGGGAACCUGCGUGUGCUGGUUGCCACGUCAACGCUGUCAUCAGGAGUGAACCUGCCUGCCAGGAGGGUCAUCAUCAGGACACCCAUGUUCCACGGCAAGGUGCUGGACUCUCUCGUCUACAAGCAGAUGGCAGGCAGGGCCGGCAGGAAGGGGGUCGACUCUCAGGGUGAGAGUGUGCUGGUGUGUAAGGAGAGAGAGAGGAGUAAGGCCACCACACUGAUCAGGUCUGGUCUCAGUCCUGUCCACAGCUGUCUGCACAGGGAGACCGGGCAUGAUGUCAGCUCCAGCAUGAAGAGGGCCAUCCUGGAGAUAAUAGCAGGGGGAGUGGCGAGGUCUCCCACAGAUGUUGAGCGCUAUGCCUCCUGCACCAUGCUGGCUGCUGGAAUGAGUGAUGUGACCACUGACAACACUGACAGUGCCAUCCACUCCUGUAUCCAGUUCCUACUGGAGCAUGAGUUCAUCAGGCUACGGGAGAUACAGGCUGAGGAUGGCUCCCCCACUCAGGAGUAUCAGCCCACCCAGCUAGGUUCAGCCACACUAGCCUCAGCCCUGGCCCCUGAUGAAGCACUGGUCGUGUUUGCUGAUCUACAGAGGGCCAUGAAGAGUUUUGUUCUGGAGAACGAGCUGCACAUUCUGUUCCAAGUGACACCCAUCUACAAUGACUGGUCCAACCUGGACUGGUACCAUUACCUGUGCCUGUAUGAGAAGCUGCCCACCCACAUGCGCAGGGUGGCGGAGCUAGUGGGGGUGGAGGAGGGGUACCUGGCGCGCGCCGUCAGGGGCAGGCUGCCGGUCAAAACACCCAAGCAACUCCGCCAGCUGGCAGUACACAAGAGGUUUUAUACAGCACUGGUACUGCAGGAUCUUACACAGGAAGUUCCCCUCCCUGUGGUAGUGAAGAAGUACAGCUGCACAAAGGGAGUUCUACAGUCCCUGCAGCAGUCGGCAGCAACAUUUGCAGGUAUGGUGACAGUGUUCUGCAGCCGGCUGGGUUGGCACAACCUGGAGCUGCUGCUGUCCCAGUUCCAGUCCCGUCUCACGUUCGGUGUGCAGCGGGAGCUGGUGGAACUGGUGCGCAUCUCCCUCCUGAACGGGCUCCGAGCCAGGACACUGUUCAACGCUGGGUUCCACACGGUGGCCAUGUUAGCUGCCGCUGAAGUUAGAGAUGUGGAGCUGGUGCUGAGGAACGCUGCUCCUUUCAAGAGUGGGCGUAAGGCUGAUGAUGAGACGGAGUAUGAGGCCAAAGAGAGAGAAACGUCCAGAUAUUCACAAAGAAACUCAGGUAUGACACCACAGCCACCUAUUUCUUCAGAGAAAGACAAGGACAUCUUACAAACAAACCCAAGUGUGAAACCACAGCAGAAGACUGAGCAGACCAAAGAUGACAGUGUCACAAUUCUUCCAAAGAAACAAGGAAAUAAGGUUUCUGUUGUUGAUUUCUCUGGAUCAGCAGAUAAGCAGCCAACAGGUAUUGGGAGUGGAAGACCAAUAUUGCAGUCUGAGAGGGCUGGUGAGCAUGUUGUCCAGAAGGGUGAUACCUCCAAGGUUGCUCCUGUCACAGAAACCAAGCAAGUUACAGUAGACAAACAAGUUGGCAAAGUACAGGAAUCCUCAGGAUGUUCAAGCCUCUUGGAGGACAAAAUUGAUUCAGUAGCAGCAAAAAGACUAAAGGCCAAGAAAAACACUUUGUGCAGACCACCAGUUGUGCCAGAAAAUACAGCAAGUGUUGUUGGAGUUGAGAACAUUGCAGACGUACAGGAAAGAACUGGUUGGAAAAAGUCUUCACCUAAAACAGUGGAAAAAGCAGGAAGCUUACAGACAAGACAUAUAGAAUCAGACCAAGUAGAGCAAAAUUUUGAAGGCAGUGACCCUCCAAAAGCUGCAGAAGAUGAAGACUGGGCCCACAGUGAGGAUAUGUAUGGAGAUGAUGGUUUUGUUGCUGGUCAAAAAGAGGAACAUAAAGAGGAAGUGCCUGUGGCAAUGGUGAGUCAGAAUGGCACUGGUAGUUUGAUAUGUCCGAGUUCUCUUCACACAGACAAGCCUGCCAUGCAGACAUUAGGCAAACAUGGGAGAAUCGUGGAAGCUCAAGUCAUUGUUCACAGAGAAGAUGUGUUGUCACAACAGAUCAUUUCAUCAUCAGAGGUGAAUACACAAUCUGGUCCUCCUGACAAGUCCAAGCACAAACUAGCAACAUCAUGUCUAAGAGCUGCUUCCUCCAAACAUUUGCAGGCUGCAGUCGGCACUAUUAGCCACAACACCCCACCAAAAGUUCAGUGCUCAACAAAACCACCAAAAGAAAGCACCCCCGAGCUGUACACCAUCCCUGAUGGCUUUGAUGACACUUUCACACUUGACACUCAGACUGAGCUUCUCGUGGAAAACCUGUCUCCAAACAAAGGUCCAGGCCGCAAUGAGUCAAUAAUUCCACAACAGGGGAGAAGUACACCUCCUGGUGAUGGUCCAAACAAAGACAUGGAGGAAAAUGAUGCCGGACAACAGAACCACAUCUCAAACAGCCCAAGUUACUCCCCACUCUCCAACUACCGUGGAACCCCAAUGAUUGAACGCACCACACCUGCACAGCCAUCUUCAGCCUUGAGCUUUGGUUCGGUAGACUCUCAGUUGGACAAGUUCAUGUGCGACUUUGUCACCCAACAAGAUGUGUCGCUCACACAGCUUCUCCUCACCUCCAGGUCAAAAGGUCACUUCAAACAGACCAGCUUGGUGCAAAUUCUUUAAAAGGGUCCUCACAGUGAUGUCAUAAGUUCUCCAAAGGACAGUGUAGAACAAUGCCCUUACCAGUCUCAAGAGCUGUUUGAAUCAGAGCCAUCCCCCACAAACAGCAACUCUUCAAAAGCAUUUUUGAGCCAAGACUGUGAAUUAUUCAAUGAUUCUGGAGAGUUUGUUCCUGCCAGUGACUUUGACAGAGCAGGGUUUGUGAGCCAGGUGGAUGUAUUUGACAGUAGUCAGCAAUCAUUGCAGGCAUUGGGAAAGUUGAAAGAACUAAAAAAUGUUAAGACUGUACUUGGUGGUACAUAUGCUUCCAAAAGUUCAGGUCAUAAGGCAAAGCAUGUCCAACCAGAAAGCGGCUUAAGUAAGCAGGAGUUUCCGCCAAAACAGGACAUAACUGCCACACAGGCAAAAGCAAAUAUAGUACAGGGACAUGGUCAAUAUGACUACAGGUUUCUGGAAGAAGACUUGGCCUUGGCACUAGACAUGAGUGAAUCCUUUGGCUCUGUGUCUCCAAAAGAAAAUCAGACAAAAGGAAGCAAUGCCUUGGGAGAAAGUUUUUCUGCUUCUUGUAUCAAUGCUAGGAGUGUAAAAGUGAUAGGCCAUGGGCAUAAGAGAGGCUCAAGUGCUGAGGAUGACAUAUCAAGAAGUGCUCAAGGGAUGGUGCAAGAUGCUGACAGAAAAGCACAAAACCAGAGAGAAAAGAACAACCUCUCUUUUAAUGAUGACUUAGACUUAGCUUUGUGUUUGAGUGAGUCCUUUUCAACAUCUGACGAGCCUGUUGAAAACUGCAGCAAAGGGAAGUUACAGCAAUAUGGUCAUCACUCAGAUGGGCCCAUUGCUGACUGUGAGAAAGAUGAGGCUGUUUCAUCUUCCUCUGUUUUAGGUAGAUAUGACAGCUGCAACAGAGAGAUAGGCAAUGCAGAUAAUAGGCUGCAGCAUGGAAACAAGUCUGGUAAAACAGAGACAGUAUAUACUGGACUGUUGGGAGACAGAGGUCAAAACCAGGAGAGAAAAGAUCUGCAAAAUCCAUGUGAUCUCAGUCCUGGUACAGCAUCUUUCUUGAACUCCUUGAUUUCUUCCACUAAGAAAGGGAAAACUCAUCAACAUCAAGGGGUGAGCAGGAAUAAGACUUUGUCUGAAAGGAAGGUUACAGAGAAAGAUCACAAACAGCCCAGAAGGAAAAGGAGAAGCAAUGAGAUGAGUGAAGACAGCAAUGAUAAUGGGAACGUCACACCCCCAAAACGUUCUAAGCACAGAGGAAAGCCAUGUCAAGAGCAUGAUCAAGAAAAGAGAGUUAAAUCAAAGAUGCUUGAGACAACACCAGAAAAGCAAAAAGAGGAAAGGCCAAACAGUGUAAAUGAAUGUGUCCCACCCACCCCUCCUAAAGAAAGUAAGGCCAACACACCAAGGACAUGGUACACUCCUAACAGGUACACACUUAGGGCCAGAACCCCUGCCCGCUCUUCCAAUGCCACUCCACGUGCACAGUCAAAAACAAGUCAAAAGACAGGCUGUAGGGCUAGUAGUUCAUCAUCCAUGGAAAAAACUGGUACACCUAGCAGACAUACAUACAAGGAGCAGCCUAAGGAAGUAGAAAACCUCACCACAGGCAGCGAUGUCUCCUUCAGUCCCAGCAGUUCAUGCACCUUAGACCCAGACUUCCUCCCUCCCAGCAUGCCCUCCUCUGGGUCUUUCUGUGUGAUUGAUGUAGCAGCAAACAAAGACCUGUUUGAGACAUUUGUGGCUGAGUGGAAGACAAAGACAAACUAUGCCAUUGCAGUGGCAUGUGAGGCAUUUCCUUCACAGCUCGCCCAACCUGGAGUCGGAAUUGGGGCCAAAUUUAAUAAGGGUACAAAUCUAAGCAACAAGCAGCCAGAGACUGAAGUGGAUGGUAUCCCACUGGAGUCAGAAGGAGUAGUGAUAGUUGGGGUAGGUGUGUGCUGGGGAGAGAAGGAUGCCUACUACAUCUCUCUACAAAAACAUACAGGGCAAGAAGCAUUAUCUUCUGACACAGAUGAAGAUACAACUGACGAGAUGAUCCCUCCCCCUCUGGAUGACCGUCUGCCGGUGGAAGAACGCCUUCACAACAUCAAGUCAGUCUUGGAGAAGGGAGUGAAGUCAAGGAGUCGCAACAAGAUAACUAAGGUUUUGUUUGACCUGAAACCCCAAUACAAAGCCUUAACACUGGGAUGUGGCAUCACUAUGAAUGGAGAUUUCGAAGACCCAAAAGUGGCUGAUUGGUUGUUGGACCCGGGUGCAAAGGUCAAGAGCUUCCAUGGAACAGUGCAGCGGUUCACACCUCAAGAAUCGUACUUGCUACAAGGACUGGGAGGGUGUUUUGGUGUGGGAAGCCUGGCCAUGACAGUACAGAACUCAGGGUCAGGCCGGAUGAGGGCAGCGCUGGAAUGUGUUUUGACCUUCCACUUGAUGGAGGAACUGGACAAGCUGCUGGAGGCACAGGGGCUCAGCACAGCAUUCAGGGAUGUGGAGAUGCCAUCUCUGGUGACCCUGGCCCGUAUGGAGCUGAAUGGGGCAGGCUUCAGCCCAGUGGAGUGUGAGACCCAGUGUCAGAUCAUGCAGGCCAAACUCAGGAUGUUGGAGGAGCAAGCCUACCAGCUGGCUGGGCACACAUUUGCACUGACUAGUCCUGAUGACAUCGCACAGGUUCUGUUCCUGGAACUGAAGCUGCCAGCCAAUGGAGACCCUUCCUCCACAACAAACCCCCAGCCCAGGAAGACCCUGGGCACCGCCCGCCCUGCCCGGGGCUGCAAACCCCUGAAACAUCUCAGCACGUCUAAGGAUGUUCUGGAGAAGCUGAAGAAGUUUCACGCUCUCCCUGGGGUGAUUCUGGAGUGGAGGCGCAUCUCCAACUCACUCACUAAAGUGGUCUUCCCUCUGCAGAAGGAGAAAGUGUACAACCCCAGGCUGAACAUGGACAGGAUCUAUGGCAUCUGUGACCUUCACACGGCCACAGGCAGGGUGACCUUCCACGACCCAAACCUGCAGAACAUUCCAAAGGACUUUGAGAUAGAGAUGCCCACCAUCAUUGGGGAUAGUCCACCCCCUGGGUGUGGGGAAACAGUGUCCAAGAGGAAAGGGAGAAAAGUUGUGAGGAGAACAGAUGGAAGGAGAGUUGAGUCAGACGGAGCUGGCCAGGCUUUCUCUGUCAGCCUGAGACAUGCCUUCAUCCCCUUCCAAGGAGGGGUGCUACUUGCUGCAGACUACUCUCAGUUAGAGCUGAGGAUCAUAGCUCACCUAUCCCAGGAUUCCAAGCUGACCCAUGUUCUGAACAGUGGACAAGACGUCUUCAAGGCCAUUGCCAGUCAGUGGAAGGGCGUGGCCAUGGAGGAUGUCAGUGAUAAGCUCCGACAACAAGCCAAACAGCUGUGUUAUGGCAUGAUCUAUGGGAUUGGAGCCAAGGCUCUGGGAGAACAGCUGGGAGUGGAUGAGGAGGAGGGAGCCUGCUUCAUAGAGACUUUCAAGUCCAAGUACACAGGGAUGCGGCGGUACCUACACACCACGGUGGACCAGUGUAAGAAGGACGGUUUUGUUCAGACGAUGGCAGGACGCAGGCGCUACCUCCCAGGCAUCACCGAGGGGAACCAUCAUGUCCGCUGCCAUGCAGAGAGGCAGGCGGUCAACACUACAGUACAAGGUUCUGCUGCUGAUCUUGUGAAGAAAGCCAUGGUAUCGAUUGACCAGAAGCUGCAAAAAGUGUUUCCUGCCACCAGGAGGAGCCACAGACAGGGUGAAAGCACUGCUACUGACACACAAAAGAGAAGUCGGAGGUCCCAACAGCCGUCCUCACCCCCUAGAGGAGCCUACCUAAUCCUGCAGCUUCAUGAUGAGCUGAUCUAUGAAGUUUGGAGGGAGGAUGUACAACAGGUGGCACAGAUUGUGAAACAUGAGAUGGAGAAUGCUGUGAAGCUCUCUGUAGUCUUACCAGUCAAGGUCAAGGUGGGGCCGACAUGGGGCCGACUGGAAACAUUGGACAUUUGAAAGAUGAGAUGAACCUGAUGAACAUUUAACUUACAGUAAUUUACAAAAUGUCAUUGUAACAGUGUUGUAAAUUCUUUAGGCAAGUUAAAGCAAGCGACUUACUGUUGUAGGACUUCAAACAUAGUUUAGAAUGUGUACAAUGUUUGCUGCUAUAAUGUAUUAAAUGUGUCUUUUAAAACUAGGAUAACAAUUGAAGGAAAUACAUUCUACUUGUAUAUCAAGUAUUCCAGAUUAAACCAAAUGUCAUUUGAUAACUUAAGGCUUGUUGUCUAUUGAAAAAGAAUUACCCGUGUUCUUUAAAUACUGUUGCAACAUGUUUGAACACAACAAGCAAAAAGUUACUUGACUGUUAUUGAAAAGAUGUAGGUGCUGUUUAUAGAUGACUUUUCAAAUGUGCAAAAUGUGUAGAUCUUCCAAAAACUAGUCAUUCAGUAUUUUAAAAAUGUUAUUUAAACAGAGCUGGACUUUCAGUGUUUUAUACACAUUUAUUCAAUUUUAGAUGCUGCCUAAAAUUCAUCUUAUAUCAAGAAUGACAUGUUCUGGCCAGUUGCAGGAUAUUUUUCAAUAUACAGAGUGAUAUACAAUGUAAAUAUGUUCUAUAACAUCCAUAAUAUGCCAAUUAUAUGUAGACACCUGAAUGAAUUUUUACAGUUUGAUCUAAAUUGGUCGGAGCGAGCAGAAUUUGGUAACAAAGCAAAUAUGUUUUCUAUCUUUUCUAGUGCUACCAGGCAGUAUUCAAUGCAUGACUUUAAAAACAGGUCAAUUUUUCAGAAAGAAAGAAAGAAUGAAUGAAUUGCAUGGAUUCUGAUUGAUAAUUGUGUCCAUAUUGUGAAUAAACAGAUUUUCUAAGUUAAGGC